AUAAAUCUUUUUUCAGUCUCUCUUAAUUUGGUGGGUUUUAUUUUUUGCAGAAAGAGACAAUCCACCAGUUGUUGUGGCUCCUUCAAGAGAGAGAGAGAGAGAGAGAUGGUGAAUUGUACGCGGAUGGGAUCUAGCUGUGCUCAUACUUGCAACUGCCACUACUAUUACUUCACCUCCUGUUUUUGAUUGAUUGAAACCCACAUUCCGUUUCUCGCUGAUUGUUCAGGUACCUAUCAUAUUCUCUCAAUAUAUUCACCUUCACUUCCAUUUCAUCCUUGCGCUUUUGGGCUUCACUGCAUCUCCUUCUCAUCCUACUAUUCAACUCUCAGCGCUUGCUAGAUCUUGGCAUUUUCUCCGCAAUUUCUUACUUUGUUGGUGCAGAUCAUUGCCGUAUCUUUAGUUUGUCACAUUUCCUGAAUGUUUGCCUGUCUAAUAGGCAGUCUAUUGCAGUGAGACACAGGAUCAUUUCAGUGUUAGUUCAUUGCUUGGUUUCUUUCGAGUUUGUUUAAAAAGCUCGAUGGGUUCCAGAUACCCAUCUCAUCAACUCAGCAAUGGCCUUUUCGUGUCGGGCCGACCAGAACAGCCCAAAGAAAGAACUCCAACAAUGACGUCAACAGCUAUGCCUUAUACUGGUGGUGAUAUUAAGAAGUCAGGAGAAUUAGGAAAAAUGUUUGAUAUCCCUAUGGAUGGUUCUAAGUCUAGAAAAUCUGGGCCAAUACCUAAUGCUCCAUCAAGAAGUGGAUCAUUUGCUGGGGCUUCUUCACAUUCAGGGUCCUUGAUGACCAACCCUGCUCCUCGUGCUGGGUACAAUGUGUCUGGUCCUUUAUCCUCUGGAGGCAUGCCUGGUUCAGCUUCACUAAAGAAGUCAAGUUCUGGACCUUUGAAUAAACAUGGGGAUCCUGUAAAGAAGUCCUCUGGCCCUCAAUCUGGUGGAGUAAUGCGACAAAAUUCUGGGCCUAUUCCACCUGUUCUGCCUGCAACUGGUCUCAUAACAUCAGGACCCUUAAAUUCUUCUGGGGUUCCUAGAAAGGUAUCAGGUCCUCUGGAAUCUAUGGGAUCAGGGAAAAUUAGCAGCUUCUCCAGUGCUCACAACCUAGCAGUGACUACUCUUAGUCAAGAUGAUGACUAUUCUUUCAGGAGGAACUUUCCAAAGACAGUAUUAUGGUUGGUGAUUCUGAUAUUUGUAAUGGGAUUCCUUGCCGGUGGUUUUAUUCUUGGAGCAGUCCACAAUGCCAUUCUCCUUAUUGUUGUUGUGGUCAUCUUUGGAGCAGUUGCUGCACUAGUUGUUUGGAAUGUUUGUUGGGGAAGAAAGGCCAUCAUAGAUUUCAUUACUCAUUAUCCCGAUGCCGAUCUUAGAACUGCAAAGAAUGGGCAAUAUGUGAAAGUGACUGGGGUGGUUACCUGUGGUAAUGUACCUCUGGAGUCAUCAUUCCAAAGAGUUCCCAGAUGUGUCUAUAAAUCAACAAGAUUGUUUGAGUAUCGUGGAUGGGGUUCAAAACCAGCCAAUCCUAACCAUCGUCACUUUACAUGGGGUCUAAGAUCAUCAGAGAGGCAUGUAAGCGACUUCUACAUCUCUGAUUUCCAAUCAGGGCUGAGGGCAUUGGUUAAGACUGGCAGUGGCACAAGGGUAACUCCUUUUGUUGAUGAUUCCUAUGUUAUUGAAAUUAACCCAGAGAAGAAAGACUUGUCUCCAGAGUUUGCCAGGUGGUUGGGGCAUAAAAAGCUUUCAGGUGAUGAUCGAAUAAUGCAAUUGAAAGAAGGGUACAUCAAAGAAGGCAGCACGGUCAGCGUGAUGGGAAUUGUUCAGCGAAAUGAAAACGUACUCAUGAUUGUUCCACCACCUGAGCCAUUGGCAACGGGAUGGCAGUGGUCCAAGUGCACAUUUCCAGCUAGCCUUGAUGGUAUUGUUUUGAGAUGUGAAGAUACAUCAAAUUUUGAUGUCAUCCCUGUGUAGUCAACAAUAUCUAAGAUGAAAAACUUCUUCCCGUGUUGCAAGUCCGAUAUAAUUUUCCUGGGGGCAGAUAUUGUAGUGUUAAGUACUGAUGAUGAUUGAAAAUGAGAUGAGGUUUUAUGUUUUUUACAUUUUUUGCCUUGAAGUUGGUGUAUAGUUCAUGAGAUUUGUUUAUCCAAUUUUAGAGAGACAACUUCCAUAAUAGGUGGAUGAGCAGCAGCCAGCAAGCGGUUGUGAAGAGGGGAACUUGUGUUAUUGAGUAGCUUUGAUUUUUAGUUGCUACUUGCUAUUGCUACUAGAUUGUUGUGUUUGUGUCCCUUGAUUUAUGUGUACGACAUUUUUUUUAUGUUGAAAAUAAUUAUAUGUUUACGACAUUAAUCUUUCUUA